ACGAACAAUGUACUACGUUGUCCAUUCGUAAUGCAUUUUCAGCAAACUGGAAUUUUAUUUGCGAUUGUGAUCAUUGCAUUAAAGCUAUCUCCUUACAACGCCUGCUCCACAGGGGUUGUAAAUGGAUCUGAAAAAUGCUGCACAAACUACAUCAAAGUUGGUCACACCUGUCAAGUUUGUCCAUCUGGAUAUUUCGGAAAAAGCUGUUCAUCGCCAUGCAACUAUCCUGCCUUUGGAUUCCGUUGUUUAAGUAAUUGCUCAUGUUCAUCUACCAACUGCAACCAUGUAACUGGAUGUGUUUAUACUACAGAGUAUCCUCUAGGACGACGAACCAAGACAAAAUCACCAAAGGACUGCGCAACUGGGGAGACAAGUGAACAUGAAAAAUGCUGCACAAACUACUACAGAACAAAGAAUGUAUGCCUAGAAUGCCCUCUCGGACAUUUUGGUGAUAAUUGCUCAUCCACCUGCAUCUAUUCAUCGUUUGGAUACAAGUGUCGAGAAAGCUGCAAUUGUUCCAUUGAUAAGUGCGAUUACAGAUACGGCUGUGGGGCAGCGGAGAGACCGGGGGUAUGGCCGACAACUGGAUCAAAACUGGAAUACAAAUCAACACCGGAAUACAAUCGACAGCCUGGAACCGAAAUUGUACAAAUCAUUGUAUCAUCUGAAAGUGGUAACAGUGCUACAAAUAUUGAUUCAAGUUCUAAUUAUUUUUCCUAUAGUCAUAGUAAUAGGGUCGCUGAUAGUAUGUGUCAUAGUUAUGAUCAUUAUACAUGCAUUAUUGAAAUAUCUAAGACGUAUCUUUACUAUUCAAGAUGAUACUGAAGCUUCAGUUGAUGUCUAUAUGGAAAUCUCUGAUAAUAUGGUCUUAGGGCAGGGGGGUGUUUCUAACGAAGCAAAUGUUCGCGAAGCUCUUGAAAUGCCUGUCAUCGAACAGCCAGGGCCUUCUAAUAACGGUCUAGCAUCUGUGGUCAGUGCGGAUGAAGAUAUGGCAGACUACGUCUACAGCGAAGUGAAAAAGAAACCGAAGCACGAAGUGACAUGUGACAACAAGCCCAUUGAAAGCGAGGAACCGAAAAUGAACCUCGUUGACAGUCAUGCCACGUACUGCGACGUGAGUGAUGUUCAGGAAAUGAACGAGUCUGACGAAAAUGGCUACCAGGAUACACCACUUGUCCAGGACGUAGAUGGAGAGGAAGCAUCACAGGGAGUAGCCAUUAGCAAUGAGUAAUCCUUUUUUGCCCAUGUUGCAUUUUUAUUUUAAACAUAUUUUCAAAAUUGACUCUCCUCCCGAAAGGGGACCAACAAUGAAAAUUUCUCUCUCAACAAAGUGGGUGAAUUGUUGGUGUGUGUAUAUAAAAAUAGUGUAAAUACUAAUCAUCUUAAAUUGCACUACUCUAUAUAUACAUAAUUACGAAUGUUGUCAUUUCACGUCUUAGAUUUUAAAGCAAUGUUUGGGGAUUAUGUAGAUAUGAAAGACAUAUUAUCCGAUGCUUUUACGUCGGGUUUCUGGCUAAAUUUGAAAAUUAAAUAUGCUGUAAAUAAAGUAUGUGAUUAAUUGCAAUACUCUAGUUGAGGCGACAUUAAAUAACGCACGGAUUGCCUGUUUAGAGGAAUUGUUUACAGGAUGUGAACUGUGCGCACUAAAUAUUUGGUUGAUUGUCAAAUGAUUCAGGAGAUGUCCAUUUCCCUAUUUCAAGCCACCAACAUCUGGUAUUAAACCUGUGUGAAUGCGUCGAAGUUGAAAAUUGUUUGUAAAACCGAAAUCACACAUUGACUAUAAUACGUGAGUAAUAAUGUUCAGUAUUGAAACACAGCACUGUACUUUUUUGAUAUGUAAUUUCUAAUUCACUAUGGAAACAUUACAAAAUAGAAAGUACUCCCAAGCUUCGUCCUGGACACAUGACGUUUAAUUGACCAAAAUUGUUCGAGAGUGGUUAUGCACGCAGUUCAUUUAUCAAAUAAUAUUAUUAGAAGGAUUGUAUAAAAAAAGUGACAAUGAAAGUCGAUACAUGUUGUUUACUUUCAAAAGAUUUCCUUGGCACAUACCCUCGAACUGUAGAUUCCCGGUUAUCAUUACCCAUGGAGACAACCACAUUCGUUCGCUACAUUUGCGAUAUCGAGAGCUGUAGACAUUAAU